AUGGCCUCCGGGCUCAUUUUCGAUUACCGCUCGCUCCUGCAAACUGCUCCCCUCAUUACCUCUACUUGCACACUCUGGUUCUCUCUUGACCAGGAUUUCUUCUUGGAUAUCUUCCUCCACUCUGACCAUCGCACUCGCAGCAAUGAAAUCUUACCAUCCUAUUUCCGCGUCUUUUUCCGCCACGGUGUCGUACGCGUACUCAGUCUUCUUACGUUGACAAUGUCAGCAGGCGGAUAUAAUAUCUUCAUGGACGGGCAGAUAAAUAAGACGUCGUUGAAAUGGUAUACAGCUGGCACACUGUUCGCGGCCAGCCAUCUCCUCUUCGUGCCGGCUAUUGCGCCCAGGGUUCAGGCUGUCGUCGAGGACACAUCCCACGGAUCUUCAACUAAAGAUCUCAAAGACUGGCUAGCAAUCAACCGCGUGCGUACCUGGACGGUAGACCUGGCUGCACGGGCCUGUUUCCUGGUUGGGCUUUCGAUUGUUGAGUGA